UUUUUACGAAUUUCUUGGAAGUAAACUUGGAAUGUAAACUUUGAGAUAAGUUUUUUAUUGUUGUAGUUACUUGAUAUUUAUUAGAACACGUCAGUACCUACCUAUUUUAACGUUAGAUUCUCAGCUAAAUGUGAUUAUAGUAGCUUCAUUCAACUGCUUAUUUGAAGAACUGUGUCUUGCAUCAUGGAACAAACUUUUGAAACUUUCUCUGAUUCAUAUUUAAAAAACGUCUACAUCAACCACAGUAAUGUGGAAGCUGAUGUCCAACGGAUACUGUCCGCAAACAAGGUUGAGGAAAAAGACAAUGUGGCUGGCUGGUUGCUGAAAGCAAUCUCUCUGAUUGACCUCACUACACUAGCUGGCGAUGAUACCAAGUCUAAUGUAUCCAGACUAUGUGUCAAGGCAGUAACACCACUGUCCAAAGUACUAAGUAAAAGCCUUGGUUUUGGGGAAGAUGAUGGUAUCACAACAGCAGCGGUCUGUGUUUAUCCAAGCCGAGUGGCCGAUGCUCAUGAAACCCUGAAACUGUUGGAAGCAACAGGGAAAGUCAACAUUGCUGCAGUGGCCACAGGGUUCCCAUCAGGCCAAUUCCCGCUAUCAACAAGACUGCAAGAGAUCGAGUAUGCCGUCUCGCACGGUGCCAACGAGAUUGACGUGGUCCUGGACCGGAGUCUGGUGCUCGGGGGCCUCUGGAGCCAGGUGUUUGAAGAAGUCAAACAGAUGAAGAAGGCGUGUGGGGAUGCCCACCUCAAAGUGAUUUUGGGUGUUGGUGAAUUGGGGACUUAUAGAAAUGUAUACAAAGCCUCGAUGGUGUCAAUGUUCGCCGGAGCGGACUUCAUAAAGACGUCGACUGGUAAAGAGGCGGUGAACGCGACGCUCCCCAUCGGCCUCGUCAUGUGCCGCGCCAUCCGGCACUACCACGACGCCACCGGGAGGAAGGUGGGUCUGAAGCCAGCCGGCGGCAUCAAGACAGCUCGAGACGCGAUCAACUGGCUCAUCCUCGUCCACUCAGAGCUCGGGGCCGACUGGCUCACUCCCAGUCUCUUCAGGAUCGGAGCGUCCAGCCUCCUCGGAGUCAUAGAGAAACACCUCUACACGCACGCGUACGGAGUGCUGUUGGACGAUUCCAGGUUCAAAUUUAUUUAAAUUUCGAACAACGGUGGAUUGAGAAUUCUGUUGGCUGUUUGGAUGAUUGGCGUUGCCGCAGAAAAGCUGUGUUCCAAAUUUUAUUUUAAGUUGAUUUACCUACUUGAUUUAGA